AUGUCGUCUCCAAAUAACAAGUCUCCAGCCAAUGGCGAUGCCGGGGCCGCCGAUGAGAAACCACGACUCACUGAGGAGGAAAAGAAGCAGAACCAUAUCGCAUCUGAGCAGAAGCGACGCCAAGCGAUUCGUGAAGGCUUCGACCGCUUAACUGAACUGGUGCCUGGCUUAGAAGGCCAGGGGAGAUCCGAAGGCCUGGUGCUGAAGCGGACAGUUGACUAUAUGCGUGAGCAGCUCUCAGAGAGGCAGGCCAUGGUUGAUCGUAUUGAACAGGCUGGCGGUGAUGUCGAUGAGAAACACAAGAAGGCGCUAUAUCAACAGGCGGCGAACCCAGGUCGUACUAGGGGAUGA